AUGUCAGGAAAGGAAUGAUUACUACCCAGUGGAACAGAAAAUAAGCCAAGGCUUUUGAGAAAUACUCAGAAAUGUUACAGAAUGUGCUAGAUAGACCUGUUUACAUGAAAUGGAUACUUUCAAAACCACACUCAGGAGGUCACAUUACAGAGGGAUCAUUUCCUGUCUCAGGAUGAAAAGUCACAGGAAUUCGGAGGGAAAUAGUUUAACAGUCAUUAUUACACACUCAGAGUCAGAUACGCUUAGCAUCACGUGGCAAACCGUGUUAGUGAAAGUCUACACAGCAUUGGGACUGACGGGGCCUCCUUCAAGUAGGGUCCGGAGCGUUCAGUCAGGGCAGAGGAGCCUGGCAUCAUGGAGAAGCUGUUUGUGUUGGUCUUUGCUCUCACUCUGCUGGUAUUCUCCUCAGAAGCCUCCCCAGUACUGACAGAAAAGCAAGCCAAACAGCUCCUGAGGUCCCGGCGACAGGACAGACCCAGCAAACCCGGAUUUCCGGAUGAACCCAUACGGGAGUAUGUGCACCACCUGCUGGUCCUGGAGCACCGUGCUGAGGAGCAGUUUCUGGAACACUGGCUGAAUCCCCAUUGUAAGCCUCACUGCGACAGGAACCUGGUCCACCCCGUGUAAACCACCCAGGGAUGCCUUGCAAGUUGACAGACUGUGACCCGGAGACUGCUGGGACAGAGAGAAGCUCAUCUUCCAUUUAAUCUGAAACUGUAGACAUGAGGUCUUCCGACCUCAGGAACUUGUGGUCCUUUGUGGGCAGGCCAGAAGUGGCCUUCAAGGGACAUGACAAAUCUAUAUUCUGCUCUGUUUUACUAACCGGCCCGCAUCGUGAAAACUAACAGCUUGAGUCACAGGGCUCCUGAGGCUUUCCUACCAGUUUGCAAGCAUAGGCGGGGUCCAAGUCCUCCUAGAGGGAUGGAUCUGGGGGCUGCACAACAGGCAUGGGGCGGGUUGUCUGCACUGGGGACCUUGGGGGUACCCUGCUCAGAAGGGGAUGGUAUCCCUUGGAGCUGCUGAGUUUUGGGUCAUCUGCUUCUUUUCCCCCUCUGCUGCACUAAUAAAAGCUGGUGUUUGACCUUU